AUGUGUAUCUUGAUAUCAAGUAUCGAACAUCCCGAUUACCCUUUUAUUUUGUUGUCUAAUCGAGAUGAAUAUUUUAAAAGGCCCACUGAAAGGGCACAUUUUAAAGAUUAUGAUGGGGUAAGAGUAUUGUCACCCCUAGACUUAGGUAGACAAGAACAUGGAACUUGGAUUGCAGUAAAUACAGAUGGUAAAAUUGCAGUUUUAGUUAACUACCGAGAAAAUAACAAUAGAGGUAAGUAA